AAAACAGAGACCCAAUUAUAUUACCGUCAAAUCCAGAAGAGGGUCAACCAAAUCCCGUCUACUUUAUCAAUAUAGAUAUUCUUCCCACAAAUCUCCAAUUUGUUAUUACCCACGUGGGAGAAGGUGGUUUCCCAGAGAGACCUGCAGAACGUAUUCAAUGGUACUUAUAUGGUCACAAAUGCAGGCUUAGGCCAAAUCUCAGCACUUCGGAUGACCAACAGGGUGAAACUAUUUGUAGAGAAUGCUUUUGGUGAUUACCUUAAAAAAUAUUCAGACAUCACUCAGCAAAAUGACAUUAGACAUCUGUUUAUGUGUUCUGGAUCAACUCUGCUCGAUGAGAUAUUGAUCGACGUUGAAGAAAAUUGGGUUUUUGAAAAAGAUAGCUCGGAUUUUACAGCGAUAAAUUGUCAGUCAGGUUAUGCCUAUUUUUUUCUAGUAACAUAUUUGUACUAUCUCAAUAAGGCGGUAAAAGAUAAAUUGGACGAAUCAUUUGAUGAGAGUUGGAGAGAUAAAAGCAUCGGCUAUGCCAUAUCUAUUGAAAAGAGCCUAUUGGAUAACUUGUUCGUCUCAGAGAAAAUAAAUGAAUUGCUUUUUGCCUGUGGAAUUCUCAUCAAAGAUGAUGAGCGUUACCGAGCAGAUGUUUCAAGCUAUGGUGAAGACAUACUCCCCUCCAUUCAAAAAAAGCUUGGAGAUUUGCAAUUUAAAAUGAAGUCAUAUUUCGUGGUGGCUCAACUACACCCAGCGCACAUCCGGCUCGCUUUGCAUCAGGUCGUUAGGCUUUCAUCUGCUGACCAAAACGCAGCCACUAUCAUUGUCGAAGAUGAAAUAAUACAGACUGAGAAUGUUUAUGACACCAUGUGUAAAGUGAUAUGGGUAAACAUGGUGAACAAUCAGCAUAUUAAUUAUUGUGCUGAACACAGUAAUAAAGAAAACAUAGCUCACCAUUGGGAAUCAGCCCAAGCUAACAAUGACAUUUUUAAACACUUAAAACCAUGCGUGUUGGAUAUCCUUAACGACAUACGCUUGGGCAUGGACCACAUAAAAUAUAUGAAUAUAAGUACUGAAUGUGCUUGUACUAUUGGUCUCUCUCAACGUUAUGUUCUUGAUAUUGGCUUUAAGCCAAUCAUCCAAAAAAUUGCAAAAAUUGCUGCAGCUUCCUUGACAAAUCACAAAUUAUUUGGAUGCUACGAAGUUAACUAUGUAUUUGUACUAGGAAAUCCGUUUAAUCUGCCCCCUAGCUCAGUACAUUAUAGUACACAUAACAUAUUAGUUCAAAAAGCUCUGGAUACUGCAAUCCACUUGAAGGGAAAAGUUGCACAGGGGGUUUCCCUACUGGAAUCUUUUGAUAAAUUAUUAAUUCCGGUUACGCUCAGUAAGCCAUACAUGUACGACAGAUUUAUCUAUGGUGCAUUGCGCCAAGUAGCAGGAAAGACAUAUGGAAUACGCUUGGUUGAUAAAAGGAAUCAGUUUCAAUCCUUUCGUCGUGAAAACUGUACAGCCAUUGCACCGGAUGAUGGCAGUUACAUGUUGGUUCUUAAGAAAGGACAACCAAUCCCCAUUAUGGGAUUGACAAUAGAGCUUCGUCUAGCUUUUGAAUAUGUAGGUUGUACAAGAGUGAGUAAGUACUUUUUAUUAUGGGAAUAUGUCACUACAUCAUAGUUGAUAUAAAACAUUGUAACUCUCUUAGGCAUUACUGAAGCGCAAAAUCCAAAUGAAGUCGUGUACAAUGGGCUAAUUCUAUUACCAAAAGAUUCUACAGGUGUUAUGUCUCGGCUUCGGGUCAUGAAUGAAAAUGGAUCCUCAACACAAAUAAUUUUAAAGUUUAAGAAAAUUAACCAUAAUCAUUCUUUACAUAUCUCAUUGAGAGCUCAAGGAGGCGAAGACACAUUUCCACAAAUUCAAAGAAGACAUAUUGAUUUAGAAGAGCCUCUCACACUCGCUUAUGC